AUGACCAGAAGGGGAACAUAUUGGGUCCCUGACUACUCUGGUGGCCUGGUGGAUCUCGGCAUGGACAUAGGCGAUGACAUGGUUUCAGGACUUAGUUACAAAACAUAUACUGUCAAGGACGGCCCCUGGAGCCAGCAGGAGAGGAAACAUGAGAUGCUGGGGAAGGAGGAUGUCCUCCCUAGGGGGAAGUACGAUGCCACCUGGAGAACCAUGACUCCCAUCCACCUCAAGCCAAAGGUUCCUGCCACUCAGCCCCUGGAUGAUGCCUGCCUGUUCUCCUACCUCACUUUGUCAUGGCUCACCCCGCUCAUGGUCCGAGGCUUACGGUUUCGCUUAGAUGAGAACACCAUUCCCCCGCUGUCAGUACAUGAUGCCUCAGACAAAAAUGCUAAAAGGCUUCAUCUCCUUUGGGAAGAAGAAGUCUCAAGGCAUGGAAUUGAAAACGCUUCAGUGCUUCGAGUGAUGCUGAGGUUCCAAAGAACAAGGCUUAUAUUCGUACUAUUUGUGAGCUUGCUCUACUGUGUGGCGAGUGUAUCAGGGCCAUUGCUGAUUAUACCAAAGAUCCUGGAAUAUUCUGAAGAGCAGUCGGGGAACAUUGUCUAUGGAGUGGGACUCUGCUUUGCCCUUUUUCUCACCGAGUGUUUGAAGUCUCUGGCUCUGUGUUCAUGUUGGGUCAUCAACCAGCACACAGGCAUGAGAUAUCGUACAGCUGUUUCUUCACUUGCCUUUGAGAAGCUGAUUCAAUUUAAGUCUCUGAAACACAUCUCCACGGGAGAGGUCGUCAGCUUCUUCACCAGCGAUGUAAACCACCUGUUUGAAGGUGUGUACUAUGGCCCCCUGGUCUUGGUGGCCUGUUCAGCGCUGAUUGCCUGUGGCAUUGCCUCCUACCUCAUUCUCGGACCGACUGUGCUCAUUGCCAUUUUUUCCUGUUUGCUGAUUUUUCCACUGGAGGUAUUCCUGACCAGAAAGAAUGUGAAGAUACAGGAUCGCACAGUUGUGGUCAGCGACCAGCGCAUCCGCGCGACCACUGAGGUUCUCACUUCCAUUAAGCUGAUUAAAAUGUACGCUUGGGAGAAACCAUUUGCAGCAAUAAUUAAAGACCUAAGAAAGAAGGAAAGGAAAUUAUUGGAAAAGACCGGGCUAAUCCAGAGCUUGACCAAUAUUGUGUUUUUGUUAUCUCCAAUAGUGUCCACGGUGAUAACGUUCCUGAUUCAUACAGCCUUAAAAUUAAAACUCACACCUUCGGUAGCCUUCACUACAGUGGCCGCCUUGAACCCCCUUUGGCUGUCAGUGUUCUUAGUGCCCUUCUCAAUCAAGGGCCUCACAAAUUCCAAGUCUGCAGCCGACAGGUUCAAGAAAUUUUUCCUCCAGGAGAGCCCUGUUUUAUAUGUCCAGACGCUGAAAGACCCCAGCAAGGCGCUGGUUUUGGAGGGGGCCACAUUGUCAUGGAGGCAGACCUACCCUGGGAUUGUCAACAGAACGUUGGAGUUGGAGAGCAAUGGACACACCCGUGAUGGGAUGGCCAGGGCUCAACCACCUUCAGGUGGCCUCAGGCCCGAGGACAAAGGGGUCAGGCUGGGCCCGGAGUUGCACAAGAUAAGCCUGGCGGUGUCAAAGGGGAUGGUGAUGGGGAUCUGUGGCAACACAGGGAGUGGUAAGAGCAGCCUGCUGUCAGCCAUCCUGGGGGAGAUGUACUUGCUGGAGGGUUCGGUGGGCGUGCAUGGAAGCCUGGCCUAUGUGCCCCAGCAGGCCUGGAUCAUCGGGGGAAGCGUCAGAGAGAACAUCCUCAUGGGAGGCCAGUAUGACAAGGCCCGUUACCUCCAGGUGCUCCACUGCUGCUCCCUGAAACAAGACCUGGAAAUUCUGCCUUUUGGAGACAUGACUGAGAUCGGGGACCAGGGUCUCAACCUCUCCGGGGGGCAGAAGCAGAGAAUCAGCCUGGCCCGAGCUGUCUACUCCAAUCGAGAGGUCUACCUGCUUGAUGACCCCCUGUCAGCUGUAGACACCCGAGUGGGGAAGCACAUUGUUGAGGAGUGCAUUAAGAAGACACUUCGGGGGAAGACCAUCAUCCUGGUGGCCCAUCAGCUGCAGUAUUUAGAGUUUUGUGACCAGAUCAUUUUGCUAGAAGAUGGGAAAAUCUGUGAAACUGGAACGCACAAUGAAUUGAUACAGAAAAAGGGGCGAUAUGCCCAACUCAUCCAGAGGAUGCACAAGGAAGCCACACAGAACACGUCGCAGGACGUAGCAAAGACAGCAGAGAAGUCACCGGUGGAAGGUCAAGCUGGGGCCACCCCCCAGGAAGAGCCUCUGAACGAAAAUGCUGGGAAUGCCCCAGAGAAUCAGCUCACGAAGAAGGAGAAGAUGAAAGAAGAUUCCCUGAGUUGGCGCGUCUAUCACCACUACAUCCAGGCAGCUGGAGGUUACACGGUCUCUAUCAUGGUUUGCCUUCUCAUGGUGGUGAACGUUUCCCUCAUGACCUUCAUCCCCUGGUGGCUGAGCUAUUGGUUGCAGCAGGGCUCAGGGACCAAUAGCAGCCGAGAGAGCAAUGGGACCAAGGCAGACCCAGGCGAAGUGCUGGACAAUCCGCAGCUGCCCUUUUUCCAGUUGGUGUACGGCGUCAGCACCCUGCUCCUCUCCUGCACGGGGAUCUGUUCCUCCUUCCUCUUCACCAGGGUCACCAGGAAGGCGUCCACAGCCUUGCACAACAAGCUCUUCAGCAAGGUUUUCCACUAUCCCAUGAGUUUCUUUGACACAACCCCAAUCGGCCGACUCUUGAACUGCUUUGCGGGGGACCUGAAUGAGCUGGACCAGAUCUUGCCUAUGGUUGCUGAAGAGUUCCUAUUCUUGGUUUUAUUGGUGAUCUCCAUCCUGUUCAUUAACAGUGUGCUGUCCCCGUAUAUCCUGGUAAUCGGAGCCAUACUUGCUGUUCUCUACCUUCUUUUUUUUACGAUGUUCAAAAGGGCCAUCGGUGUGUUCAAGAGAUUGGAGAACUACAGCCGGUCUCCUUUUUUCUCCCACAUCCUCACCUCUCUGAGUGGCCUGAGCUCCAUCCAUGUCUAUGGAAAAACUGAGGACUUCCUCCACCAGUUUAAAAGGCUGACUGAUGAACAGAGUAACUACCUGCUGUUGUUUCUGUCCUCCGCACGAUGGGUGUCAUCGAGGCUUGAGAUCAUGACCAAUCUGGUGACCUUUACUGUAGCCUUGUUCAUGGUUCUUGGCAUUUCUUCCACCUCCUAUUCCUACAAAGCCAUGACUAUCAGCCUUGUCCUGCAGCUGGCGUCCAAGCUCCAGGCCACUGCCCGGUUUGGUUCGGAGACAGAGGCGCGCUUCAUGGCUGCAGAGAGGAUGCUACAGUACAUGAAGAUGGGUGUCCCCGAGGCUCCUCUGCCCGUGGAAGGUGUGAGCUGUCUUCAUGGGUGGCCGCAGCGCGGAGAAAUCACCUUCCAGGAUUAUCAGAUGAAAUACCGAGACAACACACCUAUUGUCCUGGAUGGCAUCAACCUGACGAUUCACAGCCAGGAAGUGGUGGGCAUCGUGGGACGGACGGGUUCUGGGAAGUCCUCCUUGGGAGUGGCUCUCUUCCGCCUGGUGGAGCCCACAGCAGGAAGGAUUCUCAUCGACGGUGUGGAUACCUGCAGCAUUGGCCUGGAGGAGCUGAGAUCCAAGCUCUCGGUUAUCCCUCAAGAUCCUGUCCUGCUCUCUGGAACCAUCAGAUUCAACUUAGAUCCCUUCGGCUGCUGCACGGACGAGCAGAUCUGGGAUGUCUUGGAGAAGACAUUUCUGGCCAAGACAAUCUCAAAGUUUCCAAAAAGGCUGCAAGCAGAAGUUGUGGAAAAUGGUGACAACUUUUCUGUAGGGGAGAGGCAGCUGCUCUGCAUCGCUCGAGCCCUCCUUCGCAAUUCCAAGAUCAUCCUUAUUGAUGAAGCCACAGCCUCCAUCGACCUGGAGACUGACACCCUGAUUCAGCACGCCAUCCGCGAGGCCUUCCGGGGCUGCACGGUGCUCGUCAUUGCACACCGCAUCACCACGGUCCUCAGCUGUGACCGCAUCCUUGUCAUGGGCAAUGGGAAGGUCGUGGAGUUUGACAAGCCUGAGGUCCUGCAGAAGAAGCCAGGGUCAGUGUUUGCAGCCCUCCUGGCCACAGGCAGCUGCUCGUUGAGCUACACAGAAGCAGAGACCGCAUGA